AUGCCUUCCAUUCGCAAACGCGCCACCCGCGCCCUCCACAACCCCCGAACGUCUCGCCCGCAACCCUCCAACGCAACAGCAACGACACCACAACUCCCUCUCCCCGCCUGGACACCUCCCCGAACGAAGAAAGACAAGCGCACGCUGAAACACGGCAUCCUGCUCGACAGAAUCCAGGACGGCGGGAUUCGGAAACCCAGUGCCGUCAGUAGAAGCACAGCAUCCGGCGUAAAGAAAACAAGACGACCAGGGAAGAAACUAAAAGCCGACGUUGUCUCCGGGCUACGAGAUGUCCUCGCGGAAAUCGAAGACGAUGCGGGCGGAGAGUACUCUGAUGAAUGGGAGGGGAUUGACGAAGGCGAAGGCUCCGCUUUACCAGGAGGAAAGAGGAGGAGGCGGAGGAAGCAGACUUCGUCGACGGCAGCGGGGAAAAUGGUGAUGAAGAGUUUGCCGCAUCGCGCUGGGGCUAUGAAGAGGAAGCGAAAUAUGGAGAGGGGGGAGAUGGAGCGGUUUGGACGGAAUUUGGCGCAGAUGGUUGGUGCGGAGGGGCAGCGGUCAAAUGGGAUGGCGGACGUGGAGGAGAAGGACGGUUCUAGUGGGUUGGCUGCGGGGCAGGGAGAGAAGUGGGCGGCGUUGAGGCGGUUUAUUGAGGGGACUAUGGAGAAGGAUCGGGCGUUUGCUGUGGGUUGA